AUGGUGGACACAGAGGCCGCCUACCGGAACGCCUCUGGCGCCGGGGUGACGGCCUCGUCAGAGCAGCGCUGCCGCUGCCGGCCCGCCUGGACAGGUGACUCGUGUCAGACGGAACGGGACCCGUGCGCCGAGCACGACCCGUGCGGCGCCGACUGGCGGUGCCGGCGCGACCCCGACCGGCCGCUGGGACUGAGCUGCGGCUGCGAGGCCCGGCCCGGCUGGACGGCGGUGUCAGACCUGAUUCCUACCUGCACGAGAUCCUUGCGACGGACCAAACGCUCCAGUGCCAUGGACGUAUGCGUCCGCAUGCGAAUCUGCAAAAACGGCGGCACCUGCCGUUCGCAAGGGUUCCGGUUCCAGUGCGACUGUGCUCCGGGCUGGCGGGGUAACAGGUGCCAGUGGAGAGCCGCCGUCGUUGAGGAGCGCAACGUGGCACUGCAGAGCUGCAUCAAAUACCGACUCUGUAAACAUGGCGGGACGUGUGUGCCGCUUAGAGACCGCGAAUUUAAGUGCCUGUGUCCCCCCGGAUGGAAAGGCGUUGGCUGCAAAACACCAGAUGUGGCUGGGGGCUCGGUAAGCAGCCAGGUUCAACUGUGUCAAAGAGCCGGCUCGUGCAAAAACGGAGGCACAUGCUUACCUGCUGGCAACGCCUUUAGAUGUGCGUGUGCUAAUGGUUGGAAAGGAAACCUUUGUGAUAAAGUUGCUAACCGUCAGCUCGAACUAUGUCAAAGAGCUGGCUUGUGCAAAAACGGAGGCACGUGCUUACCUGCUGGUAACGCCUUUAAAUGUGCGUGUGCUGAUGGUUGGAAAGGAAAUUUUUGUGAUAAAGUUGCAAACCGUCAGCUCGAACUAUGUCAAAGAGCUGGCUUGUGCAAAAACGGAGGCACGUGCUUACCUGCUGGUAACGCCUUUAAAUGUGCGUGCGUUAAUGGUUGGAAAGGAAACCUUUGUGACAAAGUUGUAAACCGUCAGCUCGAACUAUGUGAAAAGGCUGGAUUGUGCAAAAACGGAGGCACGUGCUUACCUGCUGGUAAUGCCUUUAAAUGUGCGUGCGUUAAUGGUUGGAAAGGAAACCUUUGUGACAAAGUUGUAAACCGUCAGCUCGAACUAUGUGAAAAAGCUGGCUUGUGCAAAAACGGAGGCACGUGCUUACCUGCUAGAAACGCCUUUAGAUGUGCGUGUGCUAAUGGUUGGAAAGGAAACCUUUGUGACAAAGUUGUAAACCGUCAGCUCGAACUAUGUCAAAGAGCUGGCUUGUGCAAAAACGGAGGCACGUGCUUACCUGCUGGUAACACCUUUAAAUGUGCGUGCGUUAAUGGUUGGAAAGGAAACCUUUGUGACAAAGUUGUAAACCGUCAGCUCGAACUAUGUCAGAAAGCUGGAUUGUGCAAAAACGGAGGCACGUGCUUACCUGCUGGUAACGCCUUUAAAUGUGCGUGCGUUAAUGGCUGGAAAGGAAACCUUUGUGACAAAGUUGUAAACCGUCAGCUCGAACUAUGUGAAAAAGCUGGCUUGUGCAAAAACGGAGGCACGUGCUUACCUGCUAGAAACGCCUUUAGAUGUGCGUGUGCUAAUGGUUGGAAAGGAAACCUUUGUGACAAAGUUGUAAACCGUCAGCUCGAACUCUGUGAAAAGGCUGGAUUGUGCUUACCUGCUGGUAACGCCUUUAAAUGUGCGUGUGCUGAAGGCUGGAAGGGAAAUCUCUGCGAUAAGGUUGUAAACCGUGAACUUGAACGGUGUCAAAAAGCUGACUUGUGUAAAAACGGAGGCACUUGCAAAGAGGCGACUUCCAGCACGUACCAAUGCGCCUGUGUUACUGGAUAUACGGGCAUGUCGUGUCAAAUUCCUCCCAAACCCGUCAACACCGCCCUCCAGAACUGUAUCAAGCUCCAGCUGUGCCAAAACGGCGGCACCUGCGAGGAAUUUGGCAACACGGCGUACAAAUGCCUGUGUCGAGGCGGUUUCAGCGGUGUGACGUGCCAGGUCCCGCCAAAGCCGGUCAUCCCUCCGGCACUGCGACGCUGUCAGGCCACACGCGCCUGCAAAAACGGCGGCCAGUGCGCCGUCUCCGGUACCGGAUUUAAAUGCAUCUGCACCGAAGACUGGGAGGGCAGCUCAUGCUCGUCUCACGUCAAUCUCUGCACUGAGAAGGGGCCAUGCCAGAACGGUGCCACCUGCCUCUAUGAUACGCGGAAGGGGUUCGACUGCCGGUGCCCACCAGCCUGGCAAGGAGAGACGUGUCAGUUUGCCCGCGACCCGUGCAAGACUUUGGAGUGCGGCAACGGGUUUGCGUGCUCCCGCGACCCGACCUCCCCUGCCGGCUACUCGUGCGACUGCGGCAGCCGACCCGGCUGGGGAGCCACUUCAGGCCAGUAG